AUGGAAAAAAUCAACUUACAAGUUUCGUAUUCUUUUUUGAUAUCUACACUAAUUCUUUUAGCAUGUUCUCGCCUGAGUUGUUGUUGCAAUUAUAAAACAUACAAUGAUUCAUUGAUUCCAAUUGAACACCCUAUUUCUAUAUAGACAAUCGAUUCUCCAAUUAAUGAAAAUUUCAUUUACUUUGGAUUUUGGAGUUUGGGCAUUCCCCAAUAAACUUUUAAGAAUUACCCAUAAGUUGUUUCAGAUUACAUAUCAACUCUGCCUGAAAAUGGACAAUUAUUAUUUUUAAUAUAGGGGAAACAAACAAAUUUAGUCUUGGGUUAUAUAUCCAUGAAUAUGAUAAUCAGACAGGUGAUAUACAAUGUUGUCAUAUUCAGGAAUCCUAAUUAGAUUUUAGAAUUUAGAUUUAAUCCAGUUUAAUUUGAAGAAGAGUGGAUUUUAAGUUUAUUCACAAUUAAUUUCGAAUAGUCAACAUUCACUGUAGAAAUGACUGGAUAAGUAAAACAAAGUAUUAGUAUGUAGAGUGAUAUAAAAUACGAAAAAGUAAUACUAGGAGGACUAGGUUAUAUUGGCUAAGGAUUCAAUCUCAAUAUUUUCAAAGGAAGAUUAUCUUAGAUUUACUUGAGUUAUGAGAUUGAAGAUGCUCAAAAUUAAUUUUAAUAUAUGAGUUAGAAUUGUAGAAUUCCCCUUCCUUAAGAGGAAUAACAAACUGUCUAUUUUGUUAAAGGAUUACAAAUUUUUGAAGGAAGUUCAUCGUUAUUUUAUACAGUGAAUUAAUUAGGAAAUCGAUAUUGCUUAACUGGAUGGGUGAAAUAUGAUACAUCCAGAAUCAUAACGAAUACUGAAUAGAAUUUGAUAAGAAUCAGUCUAUUUAAAAACUAUAAUUUCUAUUAAAAAUAUGGAGAUGAAAUCUUAUAAAUAAUACCAUUUAUUAAUAAGGUAAAUCCUAAAAUGACUUAUAUAUCAAUAAUUACAGAUAAUAGAUAUAUGCCUAUAAUGGGUUUAAAUGACUAUAAUAUUAUACGUCCGUUCCUUUAAUAAUUUUUUGAAUAUUCCUAUAGAUAUUACCUAGGAGUACAAUAAUGGCAUUUUAUUAAAUAUGAAUAUGGGUCAAAAGUUCCCGGGAAAAAAAGCUUAAUUUAAAUUUAAUUCUUUAAUGAUUUAGGACUACAAGAAAAAAUUAUGAAUAAUAUCUCUCCAAUCAACUCUCCAUUCUAUAUCAAUAUAGGAGCAGAUGAUUUUUAUAGUGAUAUUCUUUAAGCUUCCAUUUUGGAUUUUAAAUUUGAAUAUAAUUUUAAUGAGGACAAAUAAGUCAUGUUUUAAGCUUGUCAUUAUUCAUGUUAGUCAUGCAGAGGACCGCUUGAAAACAAUUGCGUGACUUGCGAUCCUUUAGCUAAUAGAUAUUUUUUAGAGGAAAUAAGCAAAUGUGAGUGUUUAUAGGGAUAUAUAAACGUUGCAAAUGAGAGCCGCUGUAUGGAUUUCUCUUAAAUAUUCCCAUUAGUAAAAGUUUAGGAAGCUUUUCAAAAUGAUGUAGCCAAAUGUUAAUUUGGUUAUUUCAUUUUACCAAUGAAUGGAGGCUCUACAUAAUGUGUUAAAUGUCCUUAAUCCAAUUCCUUUAACUUGCUUUGUGUUGACUGUCUCUAUUCUCCAUAUACUUGGUACUUAAAACCUAUUUGCAAAUAUGAUUUGAUCUCAGCUAAUGAUUCUCCUGACGAUGCAUUUUCAUAUGUGGAAAGAAAUGAACUCUCUUAAGAUUUAUAUCUAAUUAAUAAUUAAGGGGAAAUCGUUCAAUAGGAAGGUGUCUUAGAUUUUUGUGAAAUAGAAACUGAUUCGUCUAAUUGCUUUUAGGCCGCUCACAAACACCUGAACAAAACAAUAUUUCUCAAAUGUAAGCAAAAUUAUUUCGCACUUAAUGGAAAUUGCGAGUAAGUGAAUCCUUAUUGUCUAUUAGCUUCUGCUGAAGGAGAAUGUUUACAAUACCAAGCUGGAAUGUAUUUGAAGGGUGAUUAAUUAUUUUAAUGUCCCAGUAAUUGUGAAUUAUGUUACUAUAACGAGGAGACUUAGAGUCCAUAUUGUUUAUAAUGUAAAGAGCAAUUUUCCUCAGAAAAUGGUUAUUGUAUUUCUUGUGGGAAUUAUUGCAAAAUCUGUUAAAAAUAUUAUGAUCCCAUCAAUCAAAAUAGCUAUCAACGAUGUUAGAUGUGUCUAGAUGAUUCUUAAUAUUUCAUUACCUUUGAUGCAAUUAAUUGCUAAAAAAAUACAAUUAAAAAUUGUUUAUAUGCUUAUCAAGCUUUGUCAAACAAUUUUCAAAUUAAUACCCUCGAUAAAAACUUUACUCCUAGAAAUGAUUGGGAAAAUAUUAACACGCAUUGUGCAAGAUGUAUUCUUUACUAUGGUGUUGUUCUUGAUUAAAAUUUAUGUUUAAGGAUGCAUGAAGUUACAUGUCUCUUUUCAGUUGUUCAAAAAGUUUCUGAUAUACCUUUAGACGAUAACAUCUAUUAUACAAUAAUAGAAACUGAUUUUUAUAUAACUCCUGAGGGGGAAGAAUUAACAUUUGCCUUUUUAGAUGAUUAUAGUAUUGUAUUAACAACAUAUUAAUACUGCAUAAUUUCAGACUAUUACUUCAAUUAAUAGGAUAUAGAAGUUGCCUAAUUUUAAAAGUAUUGCUCAGGAUAUGUCACAAAUUGCGAAGUUUGUUUAAGAGGGACUCCAUAUACCUGGGGGAUGACUUACACUUGUCUUGAUUGCUAAAAAGGAUAUUAUGCAGAUAGAGUUUCUGGUAAAUGUUAUUAAUGUCCUCCAGAGUUAAAUUGUUAUAAAUGUUAGGCUCAAUAAAAAGUUAAUAAGGAUCGGUGGAAAAGCUAAAUUAGAGCUUAUUAUAAGGUAGUUAUUGAAAAGCAUUCUGACCAUACAUUUAAGCAAUAUGCACAGAGUGAAAAUUAUGAUGAUUAUGAAGUUAUUUGCUCAGAGUGCUAUAAAGGAUAUGAAAUAAGAAAUGAUAUAUGCGUUCCUUCUUGUCCUGAAUCAUGUUUGGAAUGUUAGUACAUUAAUGGUUAAAAUCUAUGUGUCAAAUGUCCAAAAAAUAAAAAAGGUAGAAUGUUGAGUUUAUCAUAAAAUAAAUGCAUUGAAUGUCCUUAGAAUUGUGCUUUGUGUAGAGUAAGAUCAAAAGAUGAAAUUCAAGGUAUUAACCCAUUAUUUGACAAUGAUGAUUUUAUCAUUUACACGUAUCAAUGCUUAAAGAGCUUUAAAGAUGCUGAAUACUAUUAUAAUUUAGAAUAUGGCACCUUUAUAAAAUGUUCUCAACAUCAAUAAUGCAACUAUGAAUUCAUACUUACUUUCAAUCUUUAUUGUUCCGAGUUAGAAUAUGAAUCUGAAUUGAGUUAAAUUUCAUCAUAAUCUGAGCAAAAUAUAUUUAGAUAAUAAAACUUAUUAUUUUAGGAUUUGGUUUCAGGAAACAGUUUUAAGGAGUUUGAAAAAGAUUUGUUCUAUCACUAAGCCAACGAAUUAUCAAUAACAACCAUUAAACUAAAUAUAUCAAGUGUAAAAGAGUAAAUUUGUAAAAUACAAUCUAAUGGCAUUAUUAAAUAAAUCUUUAGUAAUAAUAUCUUUUUCACAACAAACGUGGAGAUAACACUUAAUUUCAAUAAUAAUACAAUAAUUGAAUUUGAAAAGCCACUAAAAUUCUUAAAUUUUAAUAAAAUAACUAUAUUAGGAGCCAUCUUUCAUCCAAUAAGCAAUGACAAAUCAAAAUAAAUUAUGUUUUUUAGCUUAUAUCCUUAAACCAUAACUCUUUAAGACAUCAUUUAUUAGUAGAUUUCUAAAGACAAUGAUUAGUCAAAUAUGCUUUUUGUUAAUGUUUAAAGUGUAUAAUUUAACAAUUUCAAAAUAUUGGGAUUAGUUUAAAAUUAAAUAAGAAAUUUUAUUGAGAUUACAGAAACGGUGAAUUAGAAAACUAUCAUAUUCUUAAACUUUUAAAUUCUAAAUUCAUUUUUAUAAAAUCAGUUCACAAUAAAUUGCCAUCUGAACUAAGAUGAUAACAUUUACAUUGAUAAUUUAAUUGUAAACUCUAAGUUUAAGAAUGUAACUUUGAUAAAAACAGGAGAAUAAGAAAAAUAUGGACUUCUUUAGAUGUAAAAUGUUAUUUUUUAAAUCGAUAUACUUUAUUGCUUAUCUUUUUUAAAUAUUUAUUCACUAAGAUAAGUUAACAUUAACAAUAUGAUAAUCAAAAAUUCUGAAAUUUAAAACUCAACACUAAUUCUUUUAAAUAAUGAUAACAAUUUAGAUAAUUUUAGGAUUUAAUUAAGUAAAUUUAGAUAGAUUAGUUAUGGAAUAAUGAAUUCUGAACUAUUAUUGGAUAAUUUAUAAAUUAGUUUAUCAAAUAUUUUGCUUGAAUCAAAUGAAUAUGAUUACUCUACAAAAUUUGUAUUCUUCUAAAAAUACAACAAUAUUCAAACUCAAAUAAAUAUUACAGAAUUGCAUAUCCUUAAUAACUAUAUUUCGUAGAAUAUAAAUGAUUUGAAUUUGAAGACUCAAUAUUAUGCCCUUCUUUACCUAUAGCUAGACAUCAUCUCAAUAGUUAAUUUAGAAAUAGUCAGAGGUUAUGGUCUAAUGGAUUUAAGCAUAAGUGAUGUCCAAAAACUUAUAAUUUAAUCUAGCAGAAUAUCUUAAGGACAAUAGUUUAAAUUCUUAGGACUUCAUUAAUUUAUGGAUUGCUAGUCAUAAUAAGUCAAAGGAGAAUCUUAUUUACAAUCUCUAUUUAUAUCUUCAGCAAUUGAUUUUUAGAUUGAUGAUUUGAUUAUAAGAACUGCUUAAACAUAUAACUCUCCCAUUUUAUAUUACAAAUCUUCGGAAAAGAUUAAAUAAUCAUAAUUCGAAACAAUUCAAUUAAGUAAUAUUAUUAUCGAAUCAAACUUGGUGCUUUUAACAAAUUAGAAAUUUCAAACAGCAAUUCUCUUUUUUGAAUCUGUUUAAGAAACGGCUUUAUCAAUUUAAAACAUUACUUUUUAUGGAAAUGUAUUGCAUGAAUAUAUAUAAAAUAACCUUCAAAUAUCUGCUUUGCUUCUGAAUUUGAAUUGUAUAUUAGGUUCAGUAAUAGUUCGUGAUUCAACCUUCAUUAAGAAUAUAGUGAUUAAUAGUACAGAUAGCAUUAUAUACAUAAAAAGCGAGAAACUAGCAUUCCAUAACUGCACAUUCUCAGAGAAUAGUGUCUUUAAUUAUGAGCUUUUGUAACCUUAUCUAUUGUGGGGAUUCUUAGAGUCUCAACAAGUAGAUUCUAAAUAGAUAAAUUCAAUCUUUAAAAUAAAAUCGUAAUCUGGAAAUGGUAGGCUAUUAGUGGAACACCUUGAUAUUCAUAUGUGUAUCUUUGAAUAAUCUGUAGGAUAUUCAGGUGGAGCAUUUUUUAUUGAAGCUCAAAAGACAAGCAAUAUCAGUAUUAUCAAUAGUUCGUUUAGUAAUCUUUAAACAGAGUUUUAGAAAGAAUUGGGAUUUGGGGGAUCUAUAUAUUUAGAUGGUACUUCUUCUUAGUAAUUGAUCGUAACUUUUCAAGAUCUUACCAUUAAAAAUAUCUAUGCUUAAGAAUAAGGUGGGUUUUUUUAUAUUACAGCAGGAACUUCAUAGGUUCAAAUCUAUUUAGAUAGAUUAAAUAUCCAAAAUGCCUAUGCAAAAUAGGGAUCUGUAAUAUAUGCAACUUUUUCAUCUCUUCAAUAAUCUUCACAGUUGAUUGAAUUUAAUGAGAUCAUUAUCCAAAACACUUAAGAAGAUUUCAUAAACUAUAUGAAUUUAUAUACAUAACUAUCCAAAUCUGAGGAAAUCCUAUUAAUUAAUAAUAGAGUAUUAUUUUUUAUUAAUUCGGCAUCUAAAGUGAGUUUUUUUAAUGUGAUAAUUGAAAACAUCAUUCUUGAAUCUGCUAUUUUGAUCUCUAGCAUCACCGAACUCUCAAUUAAGAUGUUAAUGAUAUCCAAUAGUUUGAUAAACUAAAACCUAAUUAAAAUAUCUCCAAAUAUAUAUUAAGAUUAAAUUAUAUAACUAAAAAAUGUCUAAAUAUAAAACAUAACCACAGUUUUUAAGUAGAAUAGUUAUAACUGUGAAUCAAUUUAAAUAGUAUAUGCUCCUAUUCAAUUUGCUUGCAUUAAAUAAUCAGCUCCUAUUGAUUUGUUCCAAAAAUAGAAAAGUCAAACAAUAUCUUAUGGUGACUGCAUGCUUUCCUUUAUAAAUAAGAAUAUGGAUUAAAUAGUUUUAGACGAUCUAAAUUCUGGGCUAAUUUUAUUCAUAGAUCUUAAUGAAUAAACAACAAUCAAACUAUCUUAGAUAGAAUUAGGCAGAAUCACUUGUAAAUAUUGUUUAAAUGGAUUAAUUUAUUUUUAUUUUUAAAAGAUAUCCUAACUAAUUUGA